ACCCUGUACCCUAUGAAGGAGUUAUCUCUAGUCAGAGGAUGCCUCCAUUACUGUGCCGCAUGGUUGAGCUUUGAUGGGAUGGAGCAACAUCCCAUUUCCUAACUCUAAUUGCUUCAACAGAAAUACUCUAAUGCAAAAAUCUCCAUGAUAUUCUCAAAUCAUAUUUUGUAUUCAUUUCUUUAUCCCCUAUAAAAAUUCUGAAUGUAAAUGUGAUUAUAGUUUAAUUGAAAAAUGUAUGCUAAUAUAUUUUCAUGUAAAAUGUAUCUAGUCUCUAUGUAGUUAGUGUUCAUAACAACAAUGUACCUUUUCUGAUUUGUGGUGGGGGUUUGUUCCAUAAGUCUGAUUUAGCAACAAAGAGCUGUUGCCUAGGAAGAGCUGUAGAACCUGACACCUAAUUGUUACUCUGACAGUGCACAGACCUCCUGCUUAACAGGUAAGGAAGACACAGCUCUCUCUAUCAGCUCAUGUAUUGCCAGGGACUCAGUGUGAGACUAGGGUACUGCCAAUGAAUAUAGGCACACAAACGCGCGGCUGUAUAUAUAAUCAUUAGUGAUUAGUGCAAUCGUUUGUUCACAAACAAAUGUAUAUAUUAUAUCGGUGCACUGUUCUUUUUAAAGAUAACAAAACAGAACAGAAUUUGCAUACAGUAUUAUUGUACACAGUUCCCCCUGCUCUCUAAAGCAUGUUUCAUUUAAGCCACUUGUUGUAGCUGAACUUCAACAUCGCUAAUUCUGUGAAUAGUGGCCCCUAUACACAUUUGACAAACACAUAACACUUAAACAUAAUUUAUUCACAAUUUAUGAAUUUCUCACUAGAGUAGUAGUUAAAAUAGACCCUAGCUUUUAGGCUGAGGUAUGGGUGGGAGGACGAGUUUCCGAUCUAGAUGUAUAUGCUCUGCGAAGAAAAAUUCCCUUUGGCCCAGGGAUGGAAGGUAGUUUCCCCAGCAGUAUAAAAGGUAAGGUAACUGCCAUUUAAGACUUCUUUGGACUCUGCUCAUGAUGCUGGAAGCCUGAAGCAGGGGAGUCCUUAGGUAAGCAAUAUACAUCAGUGUCUUUUGCUGGAGAACGGACAAGCUAAUGAUAAGUUAGAUCCCAGCGUCAAAGGUCUACUCUCCAAACUAUUUUCCUCCUUUUUUAUCUCACCUUUUUAUUUUCAUUGUCUCUUUUCUUUACAUACUGUUAUCUAUUCUUCCCUCUAUUUCAUAUCUAUGUUAUAUUACAUUUGCUUCAGUUUUCUAGCUCAAUCUAGGAGUCAAUUAAAUUAGAGUCAGAGCAGUGAGAGGAGAGCAGAAGGAUUACUGCCCUAGGUUUCAUCUGGCCAUUUACAAGCACAUAGCUCACUUGUAAAGUCUUCUACAUUAGUGCUGGAAAAUAGUUGUACUAACAAUGACAGAAAGCAAUGGUCUCUUUUAUCCGAGUCACCUGGAAUUGUUAACAGUGCACCAUUGUAAGCCAGAUCAAUUGUGUGAGCCAGCUUUAAGAUCAAGUCUCUGCAAUAUCUUAAAUGACUCUUUGGCUUCAGACUGUUUAUUGAUGUUUCUGUUUAUAUGUAACCUUUCCCAAUAAGUUGUUUUUCCAGUAAUUCAUAUUUCCUUGUGCACACAUAGCCAAAACUACAAGAGGUGGCAAGUGGCACAAUAACUAGCAAUUGCUGCAUACUUUAUUUCAGAUUUUUGCCUUGUUUACAUACUUUGCUUUAAUAGUUUGUAGUCAGUAGAAAAGAUCCAAGUAAAAUGGAAGUGGAAGCCAGCAAUGUGGUAGUUCUAAUCACAUGCUUAAAGGACAAAUCAAUCAGUGUGUCACCAAUGGCACCACCAUUGAAUUUGAGUUGACUUGUUCUUGAAAGACAGCUUUUCUUCUCUUUCAAGUUAAACAGUGUUUUAAUGUAUAACAGUAUGAAUUUAUUAAGAAGUUACAUUUUUAAAAUGGUUUCCUUACACCAAAUUCUUUAAAACCGGUCUUUUAAAUAAAGGGUAAAGGGGUAGUUCACCAUAAAAAUAAAUGUAGAAAAUAGUGUUCUAAGAACUUGUGCAAUUGCUCUUCAUUUUUUUAUCUUUUCUAGGUUUAAAUUAUUUGACUGUUUUAGAAUGGAAGAUGGAUUACAGAGGGCCUUUAUAGAAAGAUAAGCAAUAAAAGUUCUGGCAAACAUGAUGCAAAAAGAGAUAGUACCAUGCGUUUGUGCAUUUGAUAUGUCUGAGCUUCAGGCUGCUAUUAGGAACCUGAUCUUAGAGGAGAGAAAUCAGCAGCACAAGAUAAACAACCUUCCCAGAAUUGGCCCACCGGGCACCACAGCCAGCACCUACUUAUCGCAAAGAUGUACUGUUGCUGAUUACCCUCUCACAGUCUGGCAUGUCUUAGGAGGAAAAGUCUAUUUUGAACCCAUGCGAGUUUUUAAAACACAGUUCCAGUCAUCGGUUGGAAAAGGAUCAGUGCGACGGUUAAAGCACAGAAGUGAUGGGUUGAAAUUAGUACAUAUGUCAUCUGCACAAAAAGCUGAGAAGCAUUUUAGCAGAUUUCCUGAAAUAUCCAGAAGCCCAGCACACAGGACAACAAGACCACUGGGAUCACUUAAAACAUUCUCACCUGUAAGCAAAAAAACUUCUUUAUACAAAUCUAACUCAGCACAAGUAGCUGGAGUAGGAGCCAUGUCUGCACCCAGCCUGAAGGCUAUGCUAGACUGCACAUCAUCAAAUCAAGGCUCACCCACAACAAAAUUUGGAAGACAACAAAGUUUAUUUCCGUGGCCUUAAAAUCUGUCUCCAAGCUAAAAUUUUCUGAAAAUAAUUUUUCUGAAAUCACUGCUAAUAAAUUGUCAUUUUACUUAA